AUGCAAUUUCAACUGACCUUUCUUUUGCACCUUGGCUUUCUCAGUUAUGCAAAAGCUGAAGAUGAAUGUAACAGGGGUGCCUGUCGUCCCACUGGCAAUCUCCUAGUGGGAUGCAGCACAAAGCUCACAGCUUCUUCUACCUGUGGGCUAGAGAGAGCCCAGAAAUAUUGCAUCCUUGGCUACCUUGAGGGACAACAGAAAUGUUUCAUUUGUGACUCCAGAUUUCCAUACAGUCCGCAUGCCCAGACCAACAGCCACACCAUUGAGAAUGUGAUUACAAGUUUUGGACCAAAUAAAGAAGAGAAAUGGUGGCAAUCUGAAAACACUUGUGAGUGUGACCCAGACGGGACCAUAUCAGGUGGCAUUUGUGUAAGCCACUCUGAUCCCCCUGCCUUGGGGUCUGUGGCUGGCCAGUGCCUGUGGAAGGAGAAUGUGGAAGGAGCCAAGUGCGACCAAUGCAAGCCCAACCACUACUGACUGAGAGCCACUGACCCUAUGGGCUGUCAGCCCUGCAACUGUAACCCUUUGGGGAGUCUGCCACUUUCGACUUGUGAUGUGGACACAGGCCAGUGCCUGUGCCAGCCCUUUGCCACCCGACCACGAUGUGAGGAGGGCACUGUUGGAUACUGGGGACUGGGAAAUCAUCUCUAUGGGUGUUCUCCCUGUGACUGUGAUAUUGGAGGUGCUUAUUCUAAUGUGUGUUCUCCCAAGGAUGAGCAGUGUGAAUGCCGCCCACAUGUCACCGGCCACAGCUGCACUGAACCAGCCUCUGGCUAUUUCUUUGCUUCUUUGAAUUUCUAUCUCUAUGAGGCCGAGGAAGCCAUGCCACUCCAAGGACUUGCCUCUUUGGGCUCGGUGACUUUUGGUCAGGUGCCUGCUGCUCACACUAUUUUCCCAGAGCCAGUUCCAGGGAUGCCUGUUAUAUGGACUGGACCUAGAUUUGCCAGGGUUCUCCCCCCUGGGGCUGGCUUAAGAUUUGCUGUCAACAAUAUUCCAUCUCCCAUGAACUUCACCUUCGCCAUUUGCUAUGAAACUGAAUCCACAGCUGACUGGGUUGUCCAAAUUGUGGUUAAACCCCCCAGAAGGAGCAAGCACUGUACAUACAAGAUCCCACCUCAAGAGCCUCAGUCUUUUGCCUUACCAGCUGCCUCAAGAAUUGUGCUGCUUCCCACACCCAUCUGUUUAGAAUCAGAUGUACAACAUUCCAUAGAUGUCUAUUUUUCCCAGCCUUUGGAAGGAGGGUCCCAUGCUCAUUCACAUAUGCUUGUUGAUUCUCUUGGUCUUCUUCCCCAAAUCAAUGCAUUAGAGGAUUUCUUCAGCAAGCUGGAUUUAGAGGAAUAUCCACUGCACACCUGUGCUGAAAUUGCCUGCGAGCCGGGAGCUCAGGUGCUCCCUGGUGCAUGUGAAAGGUGUAUAGCCAGCAUGUCUGCCAGGCUACAUGAUGGGGCAGUGGCCUGUAAGUGUCACCCCCAGGGCUCGGCCGGGACCAGCUGCAGCCCACUUGGAGGCCAGUGCCAGUGUAAGCCUCGUGUAGCCGGGCGCCACUGUGACAGGUGCUCAACAGGAAGCUACGGUUUGGGGCAUCAUGGCUGUCACUCAUGUCGCUGCCACCCUCAAGGUUCAAAGAGCACUGUAUGUGACCAAAUAACAGGACAGUGCCCCUGCCAGGAAGAGGUGACUGGCCUCCAUUGAGACCAGUGCCUGCAGGUCUAUUUUGGAUUUCCCAGCUGCCACCCUUGCCUUUGUAAUUCGUUUGCUGAGCUUUGUAAUCCAGAAACAGGAUCAUGCUUCAGUUGUUGGGGGUUUACAACUGGAAGAAACUGUGAAAGAUGCAUCGAUGGUUACUAUGGAAAUCCUUCUUCAGGACAGCCCUGCCAUCCUUGUCCAUGUCCAGAUGUUCCCUCCAGCAAUCAGUAUUUUGCCCAUUCCUGCUAUCAAAAUCCUUUGAACUCGGAUGUAAUCUGCAAUUGUCCUCAAGGUUAUGCAGGUAAGCAAUGUGAAGAAUGCUCUGCUGGUUUCUAUGGAAAUCCAAGAAUUUCUGGAGCACCUUGCUGACCAUGUGCCUACAACAACAUUGAUGUUACUGAUCCAGAGUUCUGCAGCCAAGUAACAGGGGAGUGCCUUAAAUGUCUGUACAACACUCAGGGGCCCAACUGCCAGCUUUGCAAACCUGGUCACUUUGGAUCAGCCUUCAAUCAAACCUGCAAAAGAUGCUCCUGUCAUCUUUCCGGUGUGAAUACCACUGAGUGUUCCCCUGGUCCGGGAGCUUGCAUCUGUGACCCGAAUGCUGGCACAUGCCCUUGUCUGCCCAACAUCACAGGGCGGACCUGUGACCAUUGUGCUGAUGGAUAUUGGAACCUGGUCCCCAACAGAGGAUGUCAGCUAUGUGACUGUGACCCUCAGAACUCUCAUGGUAGCCACUGUGACCAGGUUACAGGCCAGUGUCCGUGUAAAUUAGGCUAUGAUGGGAAACACUGCAGUGAGUGCCAGGAAAAUUAUUAUGCUGAUCCACUGGGGCGAUGCAUUCCAUGUGACUGCAACAGGGAAGGUACCCAGAAGCCCAUAUGUGAUGGGGACACUGGCAUGUGUCACUGCCAGGAAGGUGUCAGCGACCAGCGAUGUGAUCGCUGCACACGGGGUCAUGGCAAGGAAUUCCCUGCUUGUCUUCGGUGUCACUCAUGCUUUGAUCAAUGGGACCACACCAUUUCUUUCCUCUCCAGAGCAGUGCAAGGGUUAAUUAGUCUGGCUGUUAACAUGGAAGAUAAAAGAGAGACCCUGCCUGUCUGUAAGACUGACUUCAAAGGCCUCAGAGAGAACAUGUCUGAAAUAGAAAGGAUUUUAAAACAUCCUGUUUUCUCAUCUGGGGAAUUCUUAAAAGUCAAGGAUUAUCAUGACUCUGGUAGGAAACAAAUCAUGCAGCUAAGUGAGCAACUGAAAACAGAGUAUGCAUUUCAAGAUCCGAAGGAAACAAUACUGUAAAGGAGGAAUGAAACAGAGCUCUUACUUGAUAAUCUUCAGGGAGAAAUUGAUUUGCACUCCAGUGCCCAUAAUGCAAGGAUCAUGAAUUCCUCAGAGAACAUCAAGAAGUAUCAUCACAGAUGAUCAUCUGCUGAAAAAAAAAUUAGUGAAACUACUUCCAUCAUAAAUAACUCUGAAAAAAACAGGAUUGACUUACUUACCAUUUUAGAUACAUUAACCUCAAAAGAAAACUUGUCAUUGGAAAAAUUAAAACAGAUUAAGAUACUAGAUAUCCAAAUAUUGAAGCAAAAGGUGUGUGGAGAAAGAGGGGACAUGCCAUGUGUGCUCUCAUCAUGUGGUGGCCCAAGCUGUCGUGACUCCCUGACCCUCUCGAGCAAUGCCCUUCAGAAAGCUCAAGAAGCAGAGUCCAUGAUUUAUAAUUUGAGCAACCAGGCUCAAGGGUUGAAGAAUCAGAUAAAAAAUAUAAGUAAACUGACAGAAGUCUCCAAAAAUAAUGCCUUCCAGUUAAGUGAGAAACUGUGGAACAUGAAAAAACAAAGAGAAUCUGAUGAAGAAAACACGAAUCUUUUAAUAAAGAAACUGAAAAAGUUUCAGUUAGAGGAAAAUGUGCCUCCAGAGGACAUAGAGAAGGUUGCGAAUCAUGUACUUAACAUCUACCUGCCAAUAACAUCGCAAAAUCUAACCCAUGAACUUGACAACAUACAGAAACUUAUGCAACUCUGUGAGGACUACAGGACAGAUGAGGACAAGCUAAACAAAGCAGCAGAUAGAGCCCAAAAGAUUUUGGUGAAGGCAAAAGCAGCUGAAAAAGCAGCAAAUGUUCUACAAAAUCCUGACAAAAUAUUGAAUAAGUUGCAACAAGUUCAAAUCACUCAAGAACAGGCAAAUUCUACCAUCACACAGCUGACUGCUGAGAUAACAAAAAUAAAAAAGAAUGCACUGCAGACUGAAAAUAAAGCCAAGGAGACUAAGAAUGGACUGGACUUAGCAAAGCAGCAGUCAGCACAGGAGGAUGAACUUUCCAGGCUGUGGAUCAAGUUGCAAAGGAAUCAAGAGCAAGCCAUCCAUGUGGAAGCUCAGGCUGAAUUGGCUAGACACCAGGCUGGGGGCCUUGAGGAAGAGUUUUUUGAGCUGAAAAAUCAAUAUGCUAUUCUUCAUUAUAAGACAUAUGCAACAGAACUGACAAAGGAAACAUUAGGAAAAGUGAAACAGCUAAAAGAUGCAGCAGAAAAAUUGGCUGGAGAUACAGAGGACAAGAUAAGAAGAAUAACAGAUUUAGAAAAGAUCCAAGAUUUGAAUCUAAGUAAGCAAGAAAAAGCUGGUCAACUGAAACAGUUGGAAGAUCAAGUCAUUGCCAUUAAAAAUGAAAUUGUUGAGCAAGAAAAUAAAUCUACAACAUGCUAGAGUUAGAGUUAAAGUGCAAAAGCCUACGCCUUUGUUUCUGGUUUCUGAUGAGCAAACCCGUGGAGCUGUGCUGAACUUGGGAAACAAAAUGGUCAGUCUCUUCUGCCUCCCCUGCCUGGAGCCCUCUCCUUGCUACAUCUGCUCAUUGUGGCUGGGGAGUGACACUGGGCCAAGGAAAAACCUCUUUACAUGUGGAAUAGAAAGGGAGAUAUAGAGAGGUUGUCUCUGGUUUCAGGUACCUUUCUUCUUGCUUUUCAUAACUUAAAAACAAUUAGUUACAUGUAACAAGUACAAAUCUAAAUAAGUAUUUUAUUUACUAAUGCUAAUUUCAGUCAAAUCAACCUAACUGUUUAAAGAAAUUGUCAGAGGCUAGGGGUAGUGGAGAAUGGGGAGUUAAUAACCAACUGGCAUAAAGUUUCAGCUAAGCCAGAUAAAUAAGUUCUAGAGAUCUGCUGUACAUUAUAGGUGCAGUUAACAAUAAUGUAUUGUACACUUAAAGAUGUAUUAAGAGGGUAGAUCUCGAGGAUGGGGAAGAUGGCGUCACUGUGAGAAGCAGAAGAGCACCCCCGCUCCCAGCCACAGACUCGAUUUACUCCUAAAAUCCUAUGUAGCCAGCUUAGAAAAAAUAGAAACACGCC